AUCGUGAUUCAGUCGAGCGCUGCUGUGGCCGGCAGUGGCGGACGGUGGUGGUGCCAUUUGAGCGCGCUGUUACGUCGUGUUUGUUGUUAUCCGCCUCCUUUGUUUCGACCGUGUACGCUUGUGUGUAAAUAUUUUUGUUGUUGCGCUGGUAUGACGAGCCGUGACUACUGCUAUAAUAACGACGGCCACCGGACGACGACAGCGGCAGGCCUAGCAGCAACAACAGCAGCGGCUAGUCUGGCCGUGGUGGAAAAAGAGUGGUACGGCGCCGUGACGGCGUAAGGCCUAGACCCGGACAAUGGUUUUUGUUGCGUUGUACCAAAGCGUGGACCCUCAAGUCGUCGUCUCCAACCGCCGACGUUGUACCGUCGACAGUCGCGCGGUCCGUCCGAAUUCGUCGUAUUGCCGCCAACUGCAAUAAUAAUAUUUGUAAUUAAUUAAUUAUUAACAAUAAUUUAAGUAGUACGAUAAUAAUAUGCUACCGUUUACUUUGGGGUGAAUGUCAAGGUAUUCAAUGCAAAUUUAUGCCUGAACUUAAAUGUGACCAUGGAAACACUUAUAAGAGAGGUGCCUUCUAAUACGCAUCAUCACAAUCAUUCGACCGUUUCGAAUAUGAAACAUAGUUAUGUACAGUUAACCAAAACGUUUUUGGACGAAGAUGCUCAAAUAAAUAAAAAAUUACCAAAAGAACUUUUAUUACGAAUAUUUUCAUACCUAGAUGUCGUAUCACUAUGUCGAUGCGCUCAAGUAUCUCGAGGAUGGAAUGUACUGGCCUUGGACGGAAGCAAUUGGCAAAAAAUCGAUCUGUUCGAUUUCCAGACUGAUGUUGAGGGCCCAGUAAUAGAAAACAUUUCAUGUAGAUGUGGUGGUUUUCUGCGACAAAUUAGUCUGCGCGGAUGUCAGUCUGUCGGUGAUGGUUCUCUGAAAACUCUUGCUCAGUAUUGUAAUCACAUUGAAUACAUAAACCUUAAUGGUUGUAAGAGGAUUACUGAUAGCACUAGUCAAUCUUUAAGUCAGUAUUGUAAAAAGCUGCUGUCAAUAGACAUUGGCUCUUGUUCUAAAGUGACCGAUUUGUCUUUGAAGGCUAUUUCCGACGGUUGCCCAAACUUGACUCAUGUCAAUUUAUCGUGGUGUGAAGGAAUUACUGAAAAUGGCGUAGAAGCAUUGGCACACGGCUGUCCUAAACUCAAGUCCUUCAUAUCCAAAGGAUGUGCAAGAAUGACGACACGAGCAAUUAGUUGUUUGGCAGAGCAUUGUGCGCAGCUAGAAGUAAUCAAUCUACAUGGCUGCAAUAGUAUUGAAGACGAAUCUGUGAUAAAGUUGGCCAACAACUGUAAUAACUUAAAAUAUUUGUGCUUGGCUAAUUGUUCCUUACUGACUGAUAAUUGCCUCGUGGCUCUAGCUCAACAAUGCGAUCAGUUAAAUACUCUUGAAGUUGCGGGCUGUUCACAGUUUACCGACACCGGGUUUCAAGCUCUUUCCAAAACUUGUCAUCUUAUGGAAAAAAUGGAUCUGGAAGAAUGUGUCUUGAUAACAGAUUCGACUCUAGUGCAUCUGGCAAUAGGGUGUCCACGUCUAGAAUAUUUGAGUUUAUCCCAUUGUGAACUGAUCACCGACGAGGGCAUCAGACAUCUGGGUACGUCUACAUGUGCAUCAGAACACUUGGCUGUACUAGAAUUGGACAACUGUCCGUUAAUCACUGACGCGUCUCUCGAGCAUCUCAUUAACUGUCAUAACUUACAAAGGAUAGAGUUGUACGAUUGCCAACUCAUCACACGGACAGGAAUAAGACGACUUCGAACACAUUUGCCCAACAUAAAAGUACACGCGUAUUUUGCGCCCGUGACACCGCCGCCAUCCACAGGCAACAGCCGUCAGCGCUAUUGUCGAUGUUGUGCUAUAUUGUGAGCCUGGCUUGAAGGCUGGCCGUGCGUGUUACGUACGUGUACCGCCUGCCUGCAGUCUUUGGCCAGCGUCUCGCAAUACAUUUGCCCGCCAUGCAUAAAGAUGUGAUUUCUUAUUUACAAAUAUUAUUUUAUUUUUUAACUUUUUUAUUUAAGUAUAGUUUUGAAUAAAUAUAUAUAUAUUGUAAUGAAGUAAUUUUAAGUUUUGUAUAGGUGUUUAUUAUAGAGAAAAUACAUAUUAUAUAUUUAUUUAUAUUUAUACACUUAUGAUGUGAUUAACCAAAGUUAUAUUAUUCUGAUAUUUUCGUUUUUUAAUUUUAAUCGUGUUAUAUAAUUAUAACAAAGUAUCCUUAAACCCAGUCACUCGUUGAAAUUUUAUUAUUUUAUUUUAUGACGUCGUAUGAGCUUUGUAGCUGUUUUGUUUUUAAACUUUUAAUUUUUUUUUUGUCUAAAAAUGAAUUACCAAAAUCUUAAUGCAAAGACUUCAUCUUUGGUUAAUCUCAUUGUGUAUUUUUAAGUAUAUUAUUACAAUAUUAAUCAUCUUGUUAUCUACUAUUUUCAAAUUGUGUUCCUUUUCGACAAUACAAAUUAUAAUGUAUACCCAUUGAUCCAAGUAUUGUUGUACCACCUCGUCCUUAGCAAUAAUUCAAACUAUUUCUCGUUGAAUCAAAUAAUAUGUUGAUGUUUAUUCAAAUAGUUUAUCUUACUGUUUUUGCUAUUUUUUUAAUUUACUUAUUUCCUUCUCAGUGUGAUGUUUAUCGAACAAUAAUGUUUCCUCUUAGUGUUAUAUUAUUAUUAUUAUUAUGAUUUUAGGUAAAUUAAUAAAACAAUUUAUUUCGCGUUAAUUAAAAUGGUGUCUGGCUUGAUACGACAAAUUAUUGUGUGCGUCCUCUUAAGACUGUUGGUGAAUAGGCGUAGAUCGGUUAGAAAACAUGUAAGCUUACGAUUCUCAAAAAUGCUUGUGUUAAUAUAUGUUUAGUAGAGCUUAGGAUUUUUGCUUUACGAGUUUUUAUUAUGUACGUUUUGCACAUAAUAUUAGUUCAUUUGUUUAACAUAUUUUAUUCAGUCUGAUCAGUUUACACAUUUCAUGAUAGGUAUUGUUUGAAUUUCAUCGUAGUGAAUUAUUAUUAUUAUUAUUAUAUUUUUUUUUAACUUUCAUUGUGUACAAUACACUGUAGUAUAUCGUAUGUGUAAUGUUUAUUUUAUAUUUACUGAUAUUCGCCAUAAGUCUGUAGUUAAGUCAACAUUUAUGUUUUUGUCUAAUUAACCCUCAGACAAAAUUUGAUUUUUCAUAACGGUAUAAUUUACAAUAUGUUGUACAUAUUGCAAAUACAAAAUUAACAAAAAUAUUUUUGACAUUUUCUUGCAGUAAAUUGCAAGUUUUUUUUUAAACUUACCAUAUUUUUGUACUUUUAUUAUGACAUUAUUAUUAUUAUAAAAAACAAAUUAUACAUAUGUAUGUAUAUAGAGGAUGCCUCACAACGUUUUGACAAAUUAUACAAAUGUCAAAACAGCGCGAGAUGCUCCGUAUACAACAGACCGACCAUAUUUUGCACAAUUUCUGUGGAAAUCUAAUCGUACAUAAUAUAUAGUGUAUAAAAACUGUGAUUUAUUUUUUGCUUGAUAAUUUUAUGAAUAAAAUGAAUUUAAUGAUUUAA